AUGCCGUCGACGCUCUUAAAUGGCGAUAAAAGCUAUAAAGACAACAAAAAGGUUACGAGAAACUUGAAUGCUGCCGAUGCGUUUCACAAAUUCCAGUACAUGAUGACCAACUGGAAAACCAACAGCUUGAAAACAUCGUGUGACGACAAUACGACGGCGUUGGCACCUCGGGCGACCGUCACGAAGGCCAAUGGCAGGGAUAAGACCGGACAUCCGUUGUCCAAAGACUACGACGAGAAUACUCGGGAGCCUGUAUGGCGGGCGACCGUCACGGAGGUUAACGGCAGGGCUCUGACAGGCAACCCGGUGUCCGAUUACGGUGGUAGUCCGGAAGAGGCCGAGAAAUAUUACGACGAGGUAGACCAACCUGCAGUCGUGUGGAAAACUGGUAUCUAUGGUUCGUUUAAGGUUGGGCGAAGAAAUUCAGCAGAUGAUGACGAUGACGAUGACGACGACGAACAUCAGAAUAUGAUGUUAGAAGAUGUCACAUGUGAAAACAUGUAG